CAUUGGACUAGGUAUGCCAACGAUGUACUUGGCCAAGCAUGACGACCAAUCUGCAGCUGCCCUGGACUGGUGAAGCGAGCGAGGCUUUGAGGAUGCCUGCUCCAGGUUGCAAUGCGUUCUCCAGACACUUCCUGUCAACCGGAAACAGCCGUUUCUGAUAGGCCCCGAUCUCUCACCUGCAUGUCGCGAGACCUGAUCUGGCAGUCGUUCGCGGGCUGAUCCGAUGACCCCUGCUGCAUGGAUCUUGGCUCUGCCAUGUUGGUCGUCACGAGAGCGACGUGCUGCUGACAUGUUGCAGAAGGAGGGGAAGACUGGACGUGGGACUCUAUAUAGGACGGCCCAGGAAACCUAGUCAGCUCGUGCUCGCCUCCGCCCUGGUGGCAUCCUAGAGGUCCUCCCGCCCAGAGCUACAGAGCAAGGCCAUGUAUAGGACAUUUGAAGAUGUGGUCGCCAGGGUGGCAGCCGUCCCGCGUGGCUACGCGGUGCUUGGAGUUACCACGUUUGGUCUGGCUGCAAUACUACACAAGCUGUACACCAAGCGCAGAGCUGUUCGCAAGCUCCAAAAGCAAGGCAUUCCCAUUCUGCCGCACUCUUGGCUCACUGGACACCUGCCCAUCUUGUUCGAGUUCUACAAGGACCAUCCGAGCGACGUCAACAGCAUAGAGCUCGAGGCAUGGCUCAUCGGCAAUCGCAAGAGAUUCUUCCCCGAGGCCACAGACCCUAAAGAUCUGCCGCCGGUCCUGUACCUUGACCUGUGGCCUGUGGCAGCAGAUCCUCUCGCGUUCAUCUGCGAUGCCAGGCUUGCAACACAGUUCCUCGCCCCACUGCCCGGCGUCGCGGGCGGAGUCGACAGAGGACCAGUGAUGAAAGUCGUGCUCAAGCCGCUGACGGGAGGGAGCGACCUGGCGUCCGCAGAAGGGGAGGAGUGGAAAAUGUGGCGGACAAGAAUCAACCCGGGCUUCAGCAGCCGCAACCUCACGGCUCUUGUUCCCGAGAUGAUUGACGAGAUCUUGGUGUUCGCCGAGGGCCUCGAGCAAAUGGCUGACUCAAAAGGAAGGUCUUCGGAUGUCGAUGAUGGCUGGGGCCCUGUCUUUCAGUUGUGGCAUCGUACAAGCAGCCUGACGGCCGACGUCAUUGCCAGAGCUCUGGUAGAUCGACGUCUGCACGACCAGACGACCAAUAGAGCAGGUGGCGCCGCCGUCAAGGCCGCUAUGCUGGACACGAUGCGCAUCGGCAAGGAACAGAUGACCUGGUCCGGAUGGCUGUCGAACCUUGUAAGUGCGGGACGCAAGAACGCCUCGCUUCUGGCCAAGCACCACAAGGACAUGGACGACUUCUUGGACCCGGCCAUCAACAGCGCCCUGGGCCUGAGCACUCGUCUGCCUGGGACUGCUCCCGACGAUGAGAAUAACAAUACAAGCGGUGGCGGCGGCGGCAGUGGCAAAACAACCAUCAUACAACUCUUGUGCUCCGGCACGAUUCCUGUGGACGACAAUGCGUUCAAGUUCAUCCAAGGCACGCUCAAAGUCAUGAUGUUUGCCGGCUUUGACAGCACAGCAACCGCAAUAUGCUGGAUGUUCAAGGAGCUUCAAGACCACCCAGACAGUCUCGCAAAACUCCGAGCCGAGCACGACCGCCUGUUCGGGGCGCAGGAGAAGGAGGAGGACGGGCAUGCCGACAACGACACCAACCAGCCGCCGGACUGCUCGACCGCCGCCACCGCCAAGGUCCUCCGCAAGUCACCACACCUCCUCAACAACCUCCCCUACACCGCCGCGGUGAUCAAGGAGACGCUCCGCCUGCACAUGCCCAUCCCCGUCGCGCGCCAGAACCACGCCGCCUCGCCCACGGCACACUUCCAGCUCGUCGUCGACCCCGCGUCAGGCCAGGCGUAUCCGACCUGCGGAUACGCCAUGUUCGACGGCUCUGCCUGGAUCCAGAGGGCGCCCGAGUACUGGGGGCCCCGGGCGGGCGAGUUCCUCCCGGAGCGCUGGCUCGUGAGUGUCGACGACGUGGGUCACCCGCUGCAUCCCACGUACUCGGGCCCCGCGAGCGACUUGUACCGACCCUUCGCGCUCGGGCCGAGGCAGUGCAUCGGCAGGGAGCUCGCGUAUACGGAGAUGAAGCUCGUCGCGGCGCUCGUGGUCAGGAAGUUUGAUCUGCGCGAGGCCUGGGAGGAAUGGGACAAGUCGAGGGACCAUCUCGACGACAAGCCCAAGAGCACCGUUCGUGGCCAGCGGCUGUACGCAACCGGCCAGGGAGCAGCGCAGGUCAAGGACGACAUGCCCGUACAGGUCAGACUGGCGAGGAGGACGAGGUAGACUUUUUUGCAUCCCCUGACGGACCUUUUGCUGGUGCCUCAAGAGGCAGAGAGUAGACGCAUACACACAGACAUGCAUCAAGGGCACAUUUACAUGAA